ACAGGACUUCCAUAUUUGAGGUUCCCUGUCAAACAAAGUCUGAAUCCUCCUCUACAAAAUGUCUGGAUGGACACGCAUUCUGAAUCUUCAAAGGCAGCAAAGCCAGACAUGAGAUCACUACAGACGGAACAGGCUGCUGAUCCUCAUCAUCAAAACAAAGAAUAUGGAAAACUGUUGGAUGACAAUCUGUUGACAAGUGUUUCUAAAGUCAUUAACAUUGCUGCAGGCUCUCAGAUGAAAGCAAGAACAGUUUCACCUGGACAAAAACAAGGAAGAAAGCCAAGUCUUGAGCAUCCAAGUUUUUCCUCUAAAAGAAUCGGGAAAGAUUUUAAUGCAGGCCCCAACAAAAGGAAUGUCAAUGCUCCCACUAUAUCCAGUUUUUUAGGGGCUCAGGGAAACAGUGGUCCUACUAAAGCAAACUGCCAUCCACAGUCUCACAUUGUUUUCCUCAAGACACACAAAACAGCAAGCAGCACCAUCCUAAACAUCCUAUAUCGCUAUGGUGAAAGCAGGAACUUGACCUUCGCCCUUCCUCAAAACAAACACAGCCAGUUGUUUUAUCCAUUCUUCUUUGCAUCACAUUUUGUGGAAGGAGUCAGCACCAGAAGUGUGAGAGAGUUCCACAUCAUGUGCAAUCACAUGAGAUUUAGAAAAUCUGAGGUUACAAAGGUGAUGCCUGAGGAUACCUUCUACUUUUCCAUUCUGAGGCAUCCUGUGGCUAUGAUGGAAUCCAUCUUUAUUUACUUCAAGAGCAUUCCAGCCUUCCAUACAACACAUAGUCUGGAUGAGUUCCUAGACAACAGCUGGAGAAACUAUAACUCAUCAGUCCUCAACAAUCAUUAUGCUCACAAUAUCCUGGCUUUUGACUUUGGCUUUGAUAACAACGUUGCAGCUGGUGCUGAAGACUUGGAGGAAAGAGCCACCAUGGCUAUUGCAGCUAUAGAGCAAGAUUUCCACCUUAUUCUUAUUUCUGAAUACUUUGACGAGUCCAUGAUCUUGCUAAAGCAUGUUCUCUGUUGGUCGCUGGAAGAUGUGGCUUCUUUCAGGCUCAACAGUCGCAGUGAAAAAACUCGCCACAUGCUUUUACCAAACACUGCAGAGAAAAUCAAAAGGUGGAAUGCUUUAGACUGGAGAAUUUACCUGCACUUUAACACCACCUUCUGGCACAAGGUGGGUAGUGUGGUUGGGCCAGAAAAGCUGAAUAAGGAAAUAUCUCAGUUGAAAGAGCUACAAGCCAAGCUAGCUAACAUCUGCCUCAAAGAUGGGGGGGCAGUAGACCCAUCACAGGUGAAAGAUGCUGGGCUGAAGCCAUUCCAGUAUGGAGCAGCUAUCAUUCAAGGCUAUAACCUAAACCCACAUCUAGACAGACAAAUGAAAACAAAAUGUCAGAGACUUGUAACACCAGAACUGCAAUACACAGACCACCUAUACACCCAGCAAUUCCCAGAGGUAACUGCUAAACGCAGACAAGUUGCUCCACAGCAUCAUGCCUCAGAGAGUACUGCCAUGACAGGAAUGAUCCAAGAGAUAGAAGCAAAUCGCAAAAAAACCAUAACAUGAAACAUUUUGAAAUCUCAAAAAUGAAGCAACUUCCUUAAUGGUAACAAAUACAGAAACUAAAUAAAUAUGCCUAAAAUGACAGCUGUGACACAUACGGACAGGUUACAUAUACCGAUCAGUCACAAUAUUGAAACCACUGACAUUUGAAGUGAAUAAUAAUUAUCUCAUUACAAUUAUCUCUUCUUGUCAAGGAGUGGAAUAUAAUAGAUAGCACAUGAACAGCCUGACCCAAUCCCACUGGAGAGCUACUGUAGCACAAAUUGCUGAAAACCUUAAUGCUGGCUAUGAUAGAAAGGUGCCAGAACAUACAGUGCAUCACAGCAUAAGGCUGCACAUCGGCAGAUCAGUCAGAAAACCCAUGCCAACUCUAUAUAUUGCCCAAGGUACCUUUAUUGAACAAGUGAAUGUCAGAACUGGAGUUUGUAGCAAUGGAAAAAAGGUGGUUUAAUCUGAUGAAUCACAUUUUCUUUGACAUUAUAUGGAUGGCCAGAUGUGUAUGUGCAUCUUUUCACUAGGAAAGAGUUGGCAGCAAUGGGAAGGAGGCAGUGUGGUUGUUUAGGAAAUGUUUAAGGAAGUCCUUAAUCAGUUCACUUGUCUUCCAAAUUCCUCGGAUGUCAAUCUGAUUAAGUAUGUGUGGGACUUAAAGAAAUGAUCUGCUGCUAAUGUCCUACUAAUGAUACCACAGAACAAUUUCAGAGGUCUUCGAGUAUUAUUAUUAUCAUUAUUAUUAUAUGGAAUUCAAGGGGCUGCACAGUGGUUAGCACUUUCGCCUUGCAGCAAGAAGAUCCCCGGUUCAAAUCCCGGCCUGGGAUCUUUCUGCAUGGAGUUUGCAUGUUUGCAUGUGUGGGUUUUCUCCGGGUACUCCAGCUUCCUCCCACAGUCCAAGAAUAUGCUGAGGUUAACUGGUUACUCUAAAUUGUCCGUAGGUGUGAAUAUGAGUGUGAUUGUUUGUCUGUAUAUGUAUGUGACAGACUGGCGACCUGUCCAGGGUGUCCCCUGCCUUCGCCCGAGUCAGCUGAGUGAUGUUUCAUUUAAUCUAUUUUCGAGAAUAAAGAAUAUUAAUGUUUAAAGCUGUGUGGCCCCAGGAUGCCGAUUAAGACCCACUAAAUGAUGUGCAAAGAUGGAGCAAACAACACACUGUUUUUGAUUAAUUUAUAGCAGUAAAAGUAGUGAAUCUAGAUAGAUAAAGAUUUUUCUGAAAGCCAUUGCAGUUGUGACAAUGAAUAACAUUUUUUGGCAAUCGACCACCAUCACCAUCUUAAUAGAGAAUCCUGACCUCUUUAACUGAUCUUUUUCAUAUUAGCUGAGUCUUUCUGUCUGGGGCAUUUUGAUUUUUAUUAAUGAGAUUGAUAUUGUUUCUGAUUGCUUCAGAAGAAGACAUUGUAGCUCCGUAAUCUCUGCUCAGUCAGAUCUGUUGUUAAGUGAUAAACUACAACCAAUAAAGUUUUCUUUAUGUUUGUUAAUCUACUGUACGUACAGAGGUUUUCUUGAAAGGAACUCUUUGAUGGCACAUUGCGCCUGUUCCCCAUUCAGUAGUGUCACAAAUGCUGUGCCCUUGUACUGCCACAGUCAUUUGUUUUGCUGGCCGGUGGGUUGAGAGGGACAGAAGAGAUAGAGAGAGUGGGGGAUAAGGAAUAUAUGGCACACAAUUGGAUACUGAACCCCGAAUUGCCUACCAGUGACUGUUCCACUGGUGUAUGAAUGUAUACUGACUGAUGCUGCAGGUUGAUUAGCAACCUGCACAUUAGUGUGUGAA